GAUAGUAGAAGAAGUAGCUUCUGCUCCGAGCUUGUAAGCUGCUGCAUGUCGCUGAGAUAAUAGUUUGUUUUUUUUAUUUUCACAAUUAUUAUUGGGGAUAUCAGGACGGAGUUUUCUGCGGUUGAACAAGACAUGAAGUAGAAUCAAAACGCCUCGUUUUCUUUUGAAAUAUAAGGCUGGCACGAGCUCCCUGAUGCUGGUUAUCUUUAGCUCAGAGCUAGCCCGUGUUGGUUUGUUUUGCUAACAACGAGUUACAGUAACUGUUGUAUUGUGUAGCUGCUCUCUUAGUUAGUGGCGCUCUGCGGUUUGUUGUUUUUAGUUGCAGAAGCCAGUAAAAUAAAAGCGGCAUCGGCCGUGGAAAGCUGCCAGCAGCAGAGACUCUUUGUCGGUGCUAGCAGUGAUUCAAUGAGCUCCUGAGCAGCUCGCCGUGUCCGCGGAAUGAUUCAGCUGCUUGUUCGAUGGGGCUGCUGAGGAGCACGAUGCCGCCCAAGAUCCAGCUGCUAGCCGUGCUGGCGUUCGGAGUGACCAUGCUCCUGAUAGAAAACCAGAUCCAGAGACUGGACGAGUCAAGGGCCAAACUGGAGCGGACCAUGGCCAGACACGAGGUGGUGGAGGUGGAGCUGCGCCGCAGCGAGGACGGCGGCGUGCGGGAAGCCGACGACUCGGUGAUCAUCUACAACAGGGUUCCCAAGACGGCCAGCACCUCCUUCACCAACAUCGCCUACGACCUCUGCAGCAGGAACCGCUUCCACGUGCUGCACAUCAACACCACCAAAAACAACCCCGUCAUGUCCUUACAGGACCAGGUGCGCUUUGUUCGGAACGUCACCACAUGGAGGGAGAUGAAGCCUGGCUUCUACCACGGCCACGUCGCUUAUCUGGACUUCUCCAAAUACGGUGUGAAAAGUAAGCCAAUGUACAUAAAUGUGGUGCGAGAUCCGAUAGAGCGCCUCGUGUCCUACUACUACUUCCUGCGCUUCGGAGACAACUACAGACCAGGCCUUCGACGGAGGAAACAAGGGGAUAAGAAGACCUUUGAUGAAUGUGUCUCAUCAGGAGGGUCUGACUGUGCUCCUGAAAAACUUUGGCUGCAGAUCCCCUUCUUCUGUGGUCACCAUUCAGAAUGCUGGGAUGUCGGCAGUAGAUGGGCCCUGGAACAGGCCAAGUACAACCUGGUGAAUGAGUAUCUGUUGGUUGGAGUAACUGAAGAGCUGGAGGACUUCAUCAUGAUCCUAGAGGCUGUUCUGCCGCGCUUCUUCAAGGGAGCAACAGAACUCUACAGAACAGGCAAAAGGUCCCAUCUGAGGAAGACCACCGAGAAGAAGCCCCCCACCAAGGAAACCAUCGCCAAGCUGCAGCAGUCAGACAUCUGGAAAAUCGAAAACGAGUUUUACGAGUUUGCCCUGGAACAUUUCCAGUUCGUGCGCGCCCACGCCGUCCGGGAAAAGGACGGUGAACUGUACGUCCUGGCCCAGAGCUUCUUCUACGAAAAGAUCUACCCGAAGUUGAGCUGAGAGCUGAGCUGCACUCUGAGGUUAUUCCACUGGAUCUGCUGCAGACUGUUCCGUUAAAUGUCCAAGCAGAAAUAUGUUAGAUUCUUCUUUAAACUAUUUGCUGUUGAGAAAACUGAAACUUGGACUAAAAAUCUAUGCUAUGAAGAAAGUGCAUCUCCUGAGACAGUUGCUUUGGCUGGUUAGCAGGCAGCAAACUCAGCCUGAUCCAACCAGUUAAAACUUGUUCUAAACUGUGACUACAGGACAAAAACAAAACUUCUUCUGUGUUGAGUUCUUUCAUGAUUUCUGCACCAAAACUUGUUUACACAUUCCUUUCGGUCAAAGCUGCAUUUGUACACAUUGUAUCGACAAGUUGUAAACUCAAUUAUGGACCAAAAAGAGGGAGGGGGAAGCCAGAAACUAGUGGACCACUGCAUUGUUUUUGCUUCCCGACUUGCUAAUUUUGAUCAUGCUGAGAUGGUCUUUGAUUUUUAAACCUUUAACAUAUCCUGUUAGUGUUUUGUCACAGACAUAGUGCUGACUUUCAUAGACCUGCUCUCUCUGAAGCUGGAGAGAAAAGUAUUGAUCAGAUCAAUGAACACAGUGUGGAAGUACAGGGUGAUUUUAGCCAGAAUCAGACUGAUAGUGCCUUUAUUGUAAUAGAACGCUUUUGUCCACUUUGUGUGUGUUCUCACAUUCAUUCCCACUUCCUACACAACAUUCUGAAAAAAAAAAAAAACAUGACUGCAUAGUGCUUGACUUCUGUGGUUCAUUUAAUGCCCAAUGGAAUAGUUUGACUUAAUUUUGUACUGGCAAAAAUACAACAGAAAAUGGACAUAACCAGCUCUCCAAAAAUGUAAAGAUUUUAAAGUGGGCAAGAAAGAAACACGUUGAGACGCAUAUAGCUUAUAACGCUUGUCAUAAGCUAGCUGAACCUGUUUCGGCUACAUGCUGUGUCAGCUGCCCACAUUAAUACCUUCAUAUAUUUUUGGAUCGCUGGUUGUUCUGUCGUUCCUCUGAAGCGGGUACCAGUUCACUUUCCCUGCAUUCUUUUUUUCCCCACUGAAGUUAUGCGCGCCACUUUCCUCGUAAUGAAAACUACACCUCCUGACUGCAGUUCCUGGACCAGAUGCUAAAAUCCCUGGAAUCCAGCAUUCCCAAUUUACAUUCCAUUACCAGGGUUUACCAGAGCUUCCCAUUCAGACAGAUGGCUAACGUGCGCUUAGCUUAAUUGAUAUGUUUGGUUUAUUUUGGGGUGUGGGGAACAAAGCAGGAGUCUACUACUGCUAUAUUGGAAAACGAUUUGCGGUUGUGCUAAAAUGCUAACAGCUAUAGCUGGACAUCAUAAGCUUGAAGGAGCUGUUGUCCACGUGAACUUUGACAUUUAUCAACCAUCUACUGUUCUAGUUUGAUCAUUUUAGUCUCUGAAAUGUUCAUUGAAAUAUGAACACAAGUUGCAGAGAAACCGUACAUUAACAACAUACUAGCAUCAUUUUGGCAUGAGGCUUGACCGCUCUUCUGAAACGGUCAUUUGAGUGGUUUCUCUCCAGCAACAUCAAGCCACAGCUGUCGGCACCGUUUUCUGCUUCAAGAUCCAAGCGAGUCUCAUCUCUUUGCAGCCCUGACCACUCAGAACGGUCAGGGAUAUGGGUCAGAGACUCAUCACCUCUUGAGUGUUAUUCGGGGGGGGGGACCCCAGUAGACCUACAAGAACAUAACUGUCCACCUAACUGAAAGUCAGAGUUCUACAGGUCAAGAGGUCAAUCUGGUAAGGAAAACCAAUUGGUUGUGAACUCCAGAAAUCAUGCCUGGUGGAAUCUGUUGGUGCUAAAAUCUUUUUCUUUCUUUCUGAAGUUGUUCAAGUAGUUCCUUACAACUACUCCUUGGGUCAACUCUUCCACACACUCAACCUUAAAAACUAAAGACACAUAUAGAUUAUAUCAAUUCAAAGUGAAAGAAAAAAAAAUCUGCUCUUAUGAAAAACUUUCUACAAACAUACAUUCGAUCCAG